AUGGCCAUUGGGGGAAACAAUUUAGAUCUAAUUCAAGACUUUAAAACAUAUAUAUCCUCUUGCUUCAAAAUUAAGGACUUAGGUCCUCUGAAAUAUUUUCUGGGUCUUGAAACACAUAAUACCCCAGUAGGCUUUUAUAUCUCUCAAAGAAAAUACUCCUUAGAUUUAUUAAUAGACACAGGUUUAGUGGGUUCUAAACCUAUUAAAUCUCCUAUUGACACUAAUUCUAAACUCACAGCUUAUCAAGGGAACAUUUUAAGUGAUCCUCUAACUUACAGAAGACUCAUUGGAAGGUUAAUGUACCUCACCAUUACUAGACCUGAUAUCACCUACUCUGUUAAUACUCUUAGUCGUUUUAUGCAAAAGCCCACAGAUGUGCAUCUUAUUGCUGCUCACAGAAUUUUAAAAUACAUUAAAGGGACAUUAGGCCAAGGUCUAUAUUAUUCUGCCACUAACAACCUGCAGGUAGAAGCCUUUUGUGACUCAGAUUGGGCAUCUUGUAUGGACACAAGACGUUCUGUUACAGGUUUCUGCAUCAAAAUCGGAGACUCACUAGUUUCAUGGAAAUCCAAGAAACAGAAGACUGUUUCUAGGUCUUCAUCAGAAGCUGAAUACAGAGCAAUGGCUUCUGCUACCAGUGAACUUGCUUGGAUGCAGAAUCUUUUUCAUGAAUUGCAGAUCAAGCUCAAACAACCUAUGAGAUUGUUUUGUGACAACCAGGCAGCUAUUCAUAUAGCAACAAACCCAGUUUUUCAUGAGAGGACCAAGCAUAUUGAGCUUGAUCUUCAUUACACACGAGAGAAGGUAGAACAAGGCAUGAUCAAAUUAGCUCACCUCAAAUCGGAAGAUCAACCAGGAGAUCUUCUCACAAAGCCUUUGUCUGUUCACCGCAUCCAACAUCUUCUUCACAAGCUGAACAUCGUCUCCAACUAUGCUCAGCUUGCAGGGGGGUGA